UCGUGUUAAGUACUAUUUUCAAUGGCGGCCUCCAUGUGUCGAUGCAUGACAAUGCGUUUGUUUACAUGACGUGUUUAAUACUUUCAAGUGCCUACUGCUUAUAUUGAUUUUUAAUUAAAUAGUACUGCAUUAACAUGUUUAUACAAUCGGAUCCCAAAAGGAAAUUACGGGAAUGGCAAGACUACACGCUGAUUGUGCCAGCAGUGUCCGUGGGUAACGUUGGACAGUUAGCAGUAGACCUGCUAAUUUCUACACUGUGGAUGGAAAGGGUAGGCCAUAUCCACCAUGAAAGCAUUCUCCCUCUGGUUGGAAAUGACCCAUUCGCCCACGAAGACUUCCUUGACUGUAAACUUGUAACAAGCUGUGAUGUAUAUGAGAGUAUUGAACACAAGGUGGUGGUUAUACAACAGAGGGCUCCAUUUGUCAGGGGGAAAAUGGGCAUGUUUAGACAAUGGUUAAAGGAAUGGAUAAUUAGCAAGUCGUUCACAAAGCUAGUUAUUCUAACUAGUAGUCGCAGUGAGGAACGCCUGGAUGUACAACUUCAGGGUGACCAACUUCGUUACCUUGCCUCAAAGUCCAUGGAUGAGUCCACGAUUGGCCAGAGGUUUCAGAGUCCUCCACUGAAUUGGUUGGAUCUAGAACGCAGACACACCUUUCCAGCUCCCACCCCAGACGAACUUCAAAAAGGACUGAAACAAGCAGAUUAUAUUUACAUACCGGGAGGGGGCAUAGCCAAGUCCUUAAUGGAGGAAUGUGGGAAGGAUAUGCCAGUAUUGGUUUUACUAUUGUUCUGCUCAGAAGGAGACAAUGCCCAGGACGCUAUCUUCCUGGUUACCCGUCUGAACCAGUGGCUCGACCUGGUGGACAUGAAGCCAAAGAAAACUGAGAAAGGGGACAUAAUUAAACCGUUGCCAGGAUGGAAGAGUCCUUCAUCAUGGCGACACUUAUUUGGUGCUAGAGUGGAUCAGACUCUGUAUCAUUAACACAGCUGAAUUAGAGAUUCUGUUUGCUGUAUUGUCACCAUAUAAAUCAAAAGGAGUUGGAUGCUAAAGGACAUUUACAUUAUUCUGUUUCAAAACGAGGAUUUGAAUUUACAAAGAACGAAAAUAUUGUAACUUUGGCUAUAUGGCGAAACUUAAUAAGAUUUUUUUGUUAUUGGGAGAUAUGCGAGAUAAAUGUAUUUGAAUUUCAGACCAACUUUACUCAUGACCAGAUGUUAUAAUAUGAGUUUAUAAAAUGUGUGAAAACUGAUGAAGUGAAAGAUUCCCUUCCUUUGAAUAUAACCUUGAUCUAAUAUGUUCCUUGAAGAGCCCAGCUAUGUAUACUAGAGAAGAACCUUGUUACAUUUUCCUGUGGCCUUCAAUAUCCAGAAUAUGAUAAUGUUCAUACCAUGGUAGUGUCCCAGGCUUGGUUAUAACUGGAACAAAGACAUCAAGCCCCAGUAAUCAAUCAGUCAAUGACCUUAUGGUCCAUAUGUGUGUUAUACAUUUGUAACCCGAUAUCUAAAGUUGACAAUUGUUUUAUUUUAUGACUAAAUAAGAAAUAACAGUGAAUAUGUGUUGUGUGAUAUGGGAGUUUUAAAAAUAACAAGUGGUUUUUCCCAGUUUCUAUUAUAGGGUACUAGGCUACUGAAUUGAAAAGUAAUGUUAAGCGCACAUUAUUACACUUUGAAUUGCCGUUUUGUCAGUACCUGAAGGGCAGGUCUCAACCAAUCAGAAAACAGCAAAAAUCUGACAUGUAACAGAAGUAAAAUGCAUCCCGUACAUCAAACCCCUGUGUUUAAAGUGUUUAAAUAACAAAUAUAAAAUAUUGUUUGACUCUCUUAAAAAUUUCUCUACUCGGUAAUACUGUAAGCAUUGUGUUUUAUUUAUAUGUACAUUUUAUAUUGUACAUGUAAAGGGUAAAAGAUUUGUCAUUUGUUGAUUUCUACGAACAAUAAUACUACCAAGAUCAUUCCAUUUGAACAUGUAUACAAUGUUAGUAGACAGUGGUGAUAAAGUAAUCCACUUACUCUAGGAAUUUUUUAAUUGGUAUUGAUCAAGAAAUGAACAUUCUCCAGCAAUUUUUUUUACCCAAUUAGUGUGAAUAAUGAAGACUACGAUGAUAAUGUCUUAAGAAUCCAGACAUUGAAAAUCCUAGUCGACCAAUUGUUUAAUGAAAUCCACAAGACUAUUUUGGGUUGAUUCAACAUAAGAACAAGAUUGUAUUGUGUAUGUUUUGAAAUGUGCACAAGUGUGGUUGGUUAGGGCAAUUGAAAAAAAAAUUAAUAAGCGUUACUGAUUUGUGUUUCAAUAUGGCUAUGAUUAAUAUUUUACACGGAAUAAGAAUUGAAUUAAUUCAUGUCUUUGGUGCGAUAAUUAAAAGUCCACAAAAUUCCAAUAUAUGUAUGUGAAUACAAGCUCACUAAAAAUAAUGGACACUCUAUAACUGUGUUUAUGAUUUGUUUAUAGAAACAAGUAGUCCCAACAACAAACUGGAGAUUCAUACAAUGUUAAUAUUGGGGUACUAUUGACUGUAUAUUAAUAGACUUUUGAAGUCUUCACACUUCCUGAAUACAGUUGACUAUUAUUUCACAAUGAGCAUUAAAGACUUGGUUUUUCUAUCAUAUAAUCUCGGUGUAUUACAGGAUAUACUUCCAGUUUUGUUUAAUAUAAACUUUAUUUAUUUUACAACAAUUGCAUAUCAACUUAGCACCCGGGGAAACCCACAUGGUCGGGCAAGUGACCCCAUACCUUUUCACGUCCGAUCAGGAUAUUGAACCCCGGCCCCCGUGAAAGGCAAGUGUGUUACCACUGUGCCACCCAAUUUCGUUAGACCUACAUUGAUUUAUAAAUGGAAGUAGACUGUUAAUUUUGGUGUCUAUUUGUUUAAAAUUACUGUUGUGCAAGAACAAGAAGUAAUUUGAACCAUUAUCCUCCCCAAGUCCUGGGGGUUGUGGUGUGUGCUCAUACUGGUGAAGAGGAGAUAACUUAAGGGAAAGUAAUAUUCAGACUUCUAAGAUGGCUGAUCAUUAGUAUACAUCUCCAAUCACAAUUUAUGUAUGACUAGUGCACAUCAGUACCAGUAGUUCAAAUGUUCCUCUUCAUAAUUUUGAGACUAAAGAAGAUAUAGUUUGCCAUUUUUUAGACAGUUCGUUUGGUUUUUUAUUGUUAAGAAAGAUAAUAAUAUUUCUGAAGAAGCACUAGAGGGUACAUAGUUGUUCAAUUUUGAAGAACCAAGAUGGCCAACAGGCAGUUAUUUUGCAAUUUGCUGUUUUUCAUGAAUAACUGGAGAUAUCUUUCGCAAAUAAAUUGUGUAUGUUCCUCU